UUUAACGGGAAACUAUCACUAAACUUCAGCGGGAUCUGCAGCGCGGAUAUGAUGAACAGCGUUUUUCUCACUUUGCAGGCGCUAGUACUGUGCGGAUUCCUCAACGCGCAGCAACAGCUGUUGCCUGGGUCCUGCAACUUUGAGCUGGGCACCUGUGGCUACACAUCAGAACCGGAAUAUGGCAGCUGGAGAAUGAAUGAAGAAGGGCAUUUGAUAACAGUGGACUCAGCCUUCUUACAUGAGCAGGAGCAGGCAGUUCUUGUCAGUCCAGUUCUGGACCAGCACGAGUGGAGCUGUGUGAGGUUGGUGUACCAGAUCACUGGAAAAAGUUCCCUGCAGCUUCAUAUCCGACCAGACAGUGAUAACUUUGACUACAGGCUCUGGACUGCCAACAAAGCCUCUGACAGCUGGCUCAUUGCUAGCGUGGACCUACCCAACACAACCAUCCCCUACCAGAUAUUGUUGGAUGGUCGACCUGAACGUGGCUCAAACAACGGCGUGGCCAUCUUUGAAAUUCACAUUGUUCCUGGUUUUUGCAUAGAGUGUAAUUUUGAGGAGCAUCAUCUGUGUGGCUACAGCAACAGCUGGAACCCAAAUGUCAACUGGUACGUUGGGGGGAGUCUGACUACAGAGACAGAGUCUAACCUGCCUGAAAACACCACCAACAGUAACCUGAGAGGCCACUACAUGUAUGUGGACUCUGUGUAUGCCAAGCACUUCCAGGAAGUGGCCAAGCUGACCUCACCCAUGACCACAGUGCCCAUGGCUGGCUGCUUGUCCUUCUACUACCACCGGGACCAGGAGAGGGGAAACAUUUUCUCUGUGUUCACUAGAGACCAGCUGGGCCACUUUGAGGAGAUCUGGAGACCAGAGGUGUAUGCCACCACUGGCUGGACUAUGGUGGGCAUUGACAUCAAGGCCCCACACCCCUUGGAGGUGGUGUUCGAGGUAGCGUUUAACAGUGCCAGAGGUGGAUACGUGGCCAUAGAUGACAUCUCCUUUUCUCCUGAAUUCUGCUACACAGACACAGAGCCGCCCUUCGAUCCAUCUAUAGCCAACUGUGACUUUGACAACGGGCUGUGUCUGUACUAUCAGGAGACAGCAGAGAGUAAAGUGUGGAGCAGAGUUUCAGUUAAACCUAAUGCUUACAGGAUAGGAGACCAUACUACAGGAGCAGGCGGUUACCUCCUGGCAGACAGUCGAUAUACUUCCAGGCCUGGUUACGUGGGUCGGCUUCAUGGACCCCUUUUACCAGGGAAUCACAAAUACUGUCUGAGGUUCUACUACCUUCUCUAUGGUUUUAGGAAAGUAGAUAAUGCUCUGGCUCUGUACAUUUAUGAUGAGAACAACGUGGCUCUGGAGAAGGUGUGGAGUCUGACUUACUCUUCCAAGGCUGUUUGGACAAAAGUGGAGAUCACCUACAUGAAGCCCAUGCUUUCCAAGAUUGUCUUUGUCAGCAUAUGUAAGAACUUCUGGGAAUGUGGCCUGGUAGCCAUUGAUGACAUCACUGUCAGUCUGGGGGACUGUCAGAUCACAGCAGGUAGAAGACUCACUAAAACAUACAACUCCCUCCCAGCCCAGUGUAACUUUGAAACUGGAAUCUGUGGAUACAUCCAAGAAAAGGAAGAAGACAGGGCUGACUGGCUCAGAGUCAGAGGAUACACCCCCACCUCCUACACAGGACCCAGAGGAGACCAUACCACUGGGGUGGGUUAUUUCAUGUACAUCGAGGCAUCACUCAUGCGUCCAGGUCACAAAGCUCGACUGCUGACUUCUGAGCUUCGGGGUUCCUCCUCUCCUCAGUGUUUAAUCUUCUACUACCAUAUGUAUGGAUCUGGCACCGGCAUACUGAGCGUGCUCCUGCGCCACAGUGGCAGAGAGCAUGAUACGCUGCUGUGGAGACGGCGUGGUGAGCAGAGUGUCAGUUGGAUGAGGGCAAUGGUGGACUACCACUGUGAUGGCCGACACCAGAUUGUAUUUGAAGCAAUCCGAGGUCCAUCACUACGAAGUGACAUGGCUAUCGAUGACAUCAGUUUUAGAAGGGGACCAUGUGAAGAUCCCGGUGACACUACUUCAUACUCAGGCUUCUCAGAAUACUUCAAUGAGAUUGAGAACUGA